UUGUCAUUUGUGAGACUUAUCCGGGGCGCUAGCGGUUGAAGUGGUGCUAGGACGAGGCGAAUAAAUAAGCACAGGAAAGGACCGAGACAGACCGUGUGUGUACGUGGCCGCGCGCACACCCACGGACGGACGAGCCAACGGACGGGUUUUUAGAUAGUACGGACGGACAAACGGACGGUACUAUACAUAUUUCACGUAAUAGAAAUAAGAAAACAAAAUAAGUAAACAACAUCAUCAGAAAUUUGAAAAUGAAUUAAUCUAUACAAAAAAAAACACCUGGAAAUCUAUAUAUAUGUGUGUGCGUGUGUGUGUGUGUAAAUAGAAAGAAAAAUACAGAAAGGAAAAAAAAGGAAAAUUGCAACCAGUGACCACAACAACAACAACAACAACAACAACAGCAAGAGUACAUGAUAAUCGAUACUUAAAUGAUAUAGAAGUGAUGAUACAAGAGUUCUAAUGAUGAUGAUGAUGAUUAUGAUGGAUUUUACAAGUGAAGGCAACAGAGAAAGAGGAAUUUAUUUGAAUAGAAGAAGCCAGCAACUAUGAGAGAGAAUGCAACUGUGACUGAAAAAGCGAGGACAACACGAUGGGCAGAAUGGACAAGAGUCGGGAAGGGGAACGAGGGGAAAAGUCCCAUUCCGGGCUACCCCCAGGCAUGGACCCAGCCACUGCAGCGCUCUAUGCCAACAUGUUCGGCAGCGGCAGCCUCGGAGGGUUUAAUCCGGCGGCUGCAUCGGGGAUACCGGGUUGGGGAGGCCUGCCCCCGGGCUUCCCCCCAACCAGCUCGGCGGCGGGCCUGGCCAGCCUGGCGGCCGCUCAGCAGGCUCAGCAGGCCGCAGCGCUGGCCGGCCUGGGACCAGCGGCAGCUGCCUACCAAGACCGAGCCCUGGGCGCGUGGUGGAACUUAGCGGGCCUGCAGCAGAUGGAGCUCCUGUCCCGACUGCAGGGCGGGCUCGGCGGCAGCAGUGGGGGGGCUGUGGCGGCGGCAGCAGCAGCGGGGGGCAUGGGGGCCUAUGGGGGACUUCACCCAGAGCACCUCAUGAACCUGGAGAUACUGCAGGCACAACACGCCGCCGCCAUGGCCGCCGCACUCUCCACCAGCAAAGCCGCCUCUAUCGCAGCAGCCAGCACCUCCUCCAAGGUUCCGCGGAGCACCAAGAACGGAACGGGGCUGGGCGGGGGCGGCUCCAAGGGCAUCACCAGCACCCUAAGCUACCGGGGGGGCGCCUCCACCACCACCACCACCUACUCCGCCCGCUCCCAGGACCACCUCAGCAGCUCCUCGCGCCCCGGCCUGGAGAUCAGUCGACUGGCAGCUUCCUCCACCUCCUCUGCUUCCACCUCCGCCUCCACCUUCUCCUCCUCCCACCACCACCCCCUCUACUCCUCCCCCUCCUCCUCGUCUUCCAGUCUCUCGGGCCGCCCUCCGCCCUACCCCUUCGGCUCGGCCUCCACCCCCUCCCUCUCACAUCGGUAUAGUUCCCCCGGCGGCCUGGACAGCCUCGGGUCAUCCCACCACUCGGAUAGCGUCGCGGGGUCAUCGCCGAGUCUGUCCUAUGGCAUCGCAAGCCUCAUCGCCGACAAGCACCCUUCCUCAGCCACCUCCUCCUCACACUCCAAAGUCCACUCCUCCUCCUCCCUCACAGCCUCUUCCUCCUCUUCCUCCGCCAAUAAUUCGUCGCAAGCUGAGCGGGCGGCCCAGAAACUGGCGGGUAACGGCAGUGUGUCCAUCUCCAAGGCCAUCCGCAACAAGGAGCUGGAGAUCAUCCCCAUCUCCCCCUCGGUCAAGGGCAGCACCGCCGCCCACGGCAGCGUGCCGCCCCACAGGGACAAGUCAGAGCCCAAGGUGUCCAUCUCCACCGUGGCCGCCGCCGCCGCCGCACGACUCUCCAAUGGGGUUCCCGGCGGGGCCGCCUGGCGGGAGGAGAGCGCCAGCGUCUCCAUCGAACCCUGCGGACCCACGCCCCCCAUGCCCCCGGGGCCGCCGGGCUCAGGGGACGAUGCUCCCCUCAACCUGUCCAUGAAGACUGCCGCCAUCAAGGCCGUGAAAGUCGGGGAGAAGCGUGAACACAAGGACUCAUCACUGGGUUCCCUGGGACUGGGGCGAUCCGGCAUGCCCUCGCUGGACUUCCCCCCGGGGCUUGGUGGCGGCCUGGGACCCAUGUUGACCCCGAGCCUGGAGGUGCUGCAGAGCCUGUACGGGGCACAGCCGGGGGAGCCACGCGACGUGCUGGCCUCGAUGCAGGAGGCCCUUCAGAGGCAGCUGCUGGGGGCUGACGGGAAGAGAGACGAGAAGAAGAAACGAUUGCAGAUGGAGGACGUGCAGGACCGUUCCCGUCACCUAGGGCGUGGUACAUCCAAGCCCAAGAAGAACACCGUCGCGUCCCUUCUGGAGCAGUGCCGCGCCGCCGGGAUCAAGCCCUCCAGCCUACCUCUGCCUCCUACUGCCACUACCUCCAUUGUUGCCACCUCCGGCUCUACCUCCCCCCCCCUCCAUGGCGGCCCUGCACCCCCUCGCUCUGGGGAUCCCCGUGACGCCCUCUCCAUCACCUCCACGUCUCCAAUUUUCAACUCGUCUCCUUCACCUUCCCCCGCCGCCCAGUCCCUCCCUCCCACCCUCCUCCCCGGCCUCCCUCUCGGUCUCUCCUCCGCCUCGUCCUCCUCCUACCCCUCCUCUGUUGGCUCCCCCGCCCCCCCGACUCCGAUCCCGACCCCCCCUGUGACCUCCCUCUCCAUCUCCACUGUGGUGUCCUCCUCCUCCUCCCCUCCGUCUCCCCUACCUCCGUCUGAGCCUGUCACCUCCACAGCCACCACGACAACCACCACCGUGUCCUCCUCCACCACAACCACCACAACCACAGCCUCGUCUGUCUCCGCGCCACCGUCACCAACACCGACGUCAACACCGACACCACCCGCCACAUCCACCCCCUCCACAAUCCCCCCACCACAGCCUGCCUCCCCGCCCUCCACCCCUGCCUCCGUGACCGCAUCCCCUCCCCCACCGCAGUCCACCCCGACCAGCGCAUCCCUCCCCGUGUCCCUCCCCCCUUCCCUCUCCCUAUCGUCGUCGGUGAGCAUAACGUCUGUUACCCCCGAGGCCGCCAUCACCUCCACCCCCUCCAGGCCCAGUGUGACCAUCCACCCAACAACCUCCGCCUCAGAGAUGGACCCAGAGCAGGAGUUUGACAAGAUGGACAACUCAGUAGACAUAAUGGAGGUGCCCCGGAUAUUCCCGCAUCAGAACGGAGGCGAGAAACCCGUCAAGAAGCGUCACAUGAUCACUUCGAGCAGCGUUGACGGCCGGCUCAUCACCACCAUCAAGGCCGCAGCCACCACUGGAGCGCACGACUCCUCCGAGCUGUCCGACUCCGAGAGCGACGACGAGACGACAUCGCUCUCCUCGGGUGACGAAGACGCCCUCAACCAUCUCCCGUCGCCCUGGUUGAAGCGAGACACCCCGGACUCCGCGUCGGCGUAUAGCGAGUCUCCCCCGGUCAAGAAGAGGAAGAUGAUCACGGAUGAGGUGUCGCUGCGGGUGCCUCUGAUGUACGGGUGGCGCCGGGAGACCACCAUGCGCACCAUCACCCAGUCUGGGGUCCGGGGGGAGGUGGUUUACUACGCGCCCUGCGGCAAACCCUUCAGACAGUACCCGGACAUCAUGAGGUACCUCGAGAAGAACGGCAUCAUGGAGGUUACCCGCGACAACUUCAGCUUCUCCUCGAAAAUACCCAUUGGGGAGUACAUCGAGGCCGGCUCCCAGUCCCGCCACACCGAGGGGGAGGUGCGCGACAAGAUACAGCAAAUCCGCGAACAGAAGGGGUACAAGCCGCUGCGGAGACACGAGGACGGGAGGGACGCGCUGGAGAUAGAAGCGGAGGCGAUCCUGAGGCGUCUGGAGGCCGAGGAGGAGGCGGAGAAGGCACGGAAGGACCUCAUGUCGCAGCUAGAGGAGCAGCAUCAGUUCAGAAUACAGAAGGAGCAGGAGAGGAUAAGGAAGCAGGAGGAACUGAGGAGAGAGAAGGAGUCUGUGUCUCAUGUUCAUUCUGUGUCCCUGUGGUCGCUGCAGGAGCUGAGGAGGCAGAGGGAGGAGGAGAACAGACAGAGACUUUAUGAGCAGCUAAGGAAAGCACAGGAGAGGGAGCAGGAGAAGCAGAAGCAGAAAAUAUUGAAGGAGCAGUUGUAUCUUCAGGAGCUCAACAAACAGCGUGAAUUGCUCUACACUCUUGAGCUGGAGCGGGAACGUCGGAGGUACCAUGGUGUCCUGGUGCGCGCUAUUGAGGGGAGGAAGAGACAUGAGGAGAGGGAGAGGCGGAGAGAGGAGAUGAAGGAAGAGAAGCGAGCGACACGAGAGAGGAAACGGGAGGAGAGGCUACAGGCGAGAGAACUGAACCAGCUGAUGAAGGAGGUGAAGGAGGACAUGGAGCUGACGGACCACACGCCACUGCCCGACGCCCCCCGCCUGCAGGGCCUCAGACUUCCCCCCGAGGCCUUUGGGAACAUCCUCAUGGUCUUCGAGUUCCUGCACAACUUUGGGGAGACACUCGGCUUCGGUGAGUGUGGGCGUGACGGCUCCUUGUACAUGGAGUCGCUGCCGUCGAUCCAGAGCCUGCAGAUGGCGCUACUUAACGACACCGAGAGCGAGGAGGAGCUACUGAGCGUCCUGUCACACCUCUUAGUCUGCGCUAUUGAGGACCCGGGCAUUCCCUCCUCACAACGCCACACCACCAUCCUCGGGCAGACCCUCAACCGUGCCGACAUCACCCACGCCAAUAUAUCCGAAAUCCUACGAGUCUACCUCAACGCGAACGCCAUGGGGGAGGUCCGCGUCAUCCACGGCCUCAUGGGAACGGAGAAAGAGCGACGCGAGAACCCGAAGAAGGGACAGGAGUGGGACGCGAGACUGGCGGAAAUGGACGCGUAUAAGAUGGGUCAGUGGUUGGUGGUGAUGCCGUUCCUGGCGCUCAACCCGACGCAGAAGAGCGAGAUCGUGGCGUACGUGUGCAAUGAGCUCCUGCAGAACAAGGCGGUGGUGCGGCAGAUUGAAGACUCGCUAGACCGCCACAACGGACUCAAGACGGAGAAGUGGAAGCUGGACGCGCGGAUCAGAAAACUAAGGAUGAGCGUGGCGCGUAAGAGGAUCUACAACGCUGCGAUGCGCUCCAUGAUGGAACACCGCGGCGGCGAGGACUCCAACAUGUCCAGUGUGUCCUCCUGUCACGGCGGCGACCACGACAAGACCGACGCCAAGAAGGACAAGGAUGAGGACAAGCUGGAGGAGGACGAGGAGGACGAGGAGAACGAGAGCGGGAACGACAGCGAGAACAACCUGGAGGAGAUCCCCGACGAGGAGGACGACAAGAGGCUGAACGCAGACGACGCUUCCAAGACACUGGACAUCCUGCAGCGCCAGAUGAACCAGGUGCGGCAAGACUUGUUUGAGACGGCCCAGCAGGUGCGCGGCUUCAACUGCGGCCAGGACAGGUACCAGAGGACCAUGUGGGUGCUGCCUCACGCCGGGGGCCCCUUCCUGGAGGGCCUCUCGUCCUGCGACUACACGGGGCGGGACCACUUCCCCCUCACCAUCCCCUCCUCCGCCUCCAAGGCUGGCCUCACGCAAGAGGAGCUGGAGGAGCGGCUGGCAGCGGCACGGGAGGAGAAGGAGCGGAAGGCCAAGGAGGAACAGGAGGCCAAGGUGGAGGUGAAGGAGGAGGCGGAGGUGAAGGAGGAGAAGGUGGAGGUGAAGACUGAAGUGGAGGUGAAGACGGAGAAGGAGGAGGAGGAGGGGAAAGAGGGCGAGGGCGCGGACGUGAAGCCUCCCGCCGCGCCCCUCCUGCAGGUGAAGAAGGAGGAGGAGCUGAAGGAGGAGGCGGAGGAGAGCGACGUCCCAGAUAUCCCCAAGCGCGGGGCGGGGCGGGGCGAGGACAGGGUGCGGGAUGACUCGCGUGCCCCGUCAGGCCAGAAUGGCAUCAUGGAGAACAGGGAGGCCAUGAGCAGCGCCAUCGCCGACCUCUACCCCCCCAUGCUGGGUUCCAACCUCAGCCCCUACCUGGUGAACGGCCUCAAGGAGACGCCCCCGCCGCCCCCCAACGCCGGGGAGGGCAUCGACCCCAACCUGCUGGCCCUGGGUCUGGGCCUGGUGCCCGGCCAGUACCUGCGGCCCGAGCAUGUGGCCCAGCGGGAGAAGCUGGCCUUCAGCCUGCUGCCACGCACCCCCUGUGAUGUGUCCACCAUGGAGGCCCUGCCCAGCGGUCACACCCCACACGGUACCCCGCGGGGCUCCCCCAGAGAGGCCUCCCCCUGCCCCAGGUACAAUGGUCCCCACAGCCCCACGCCCGGCACCCCCCCCGGCCCCACCCGCCCGCCCCGCCCCCCCGCCACCCCCGCAACCCCCCUCAACCCACCACUAGCAGUCAGCACCCCCAAGCCCCCCGCCCCACCCCCUGCCACGCCAGGCACCAAUACCAUGGAGGUCAGCGCUGGCCAAGAGGUUAACACCACCCCUAGCGUGACCGCCACCCCAGACCAAGCCUCAGCCACCCCAGGGAACACCACCGCUGAUGCCACCAACACCACGGACCUCACUGCCACCCCAGGAGGGCCGCCAGCCACCCCGGCCCCCGGCACAACCCCCUCAGACGCCGUUGGCACACACCUCAUGGGCGGCAUCCAGUCCCUGCCACACAAGGAGCUGCUGGAACGCCUGCACCAGACGGCUGAGGCGCUGCCCAUCCCCGACGAGUACAAGACGGGCUGGUGGCACCUCGGGGACAUGGACCAGCUGAAGGAGAUGAUCGGCGCGCUGAACGAGAGGGGCGUGCGCGAGAGGGAGCUCAAGAGAUUUAUCGAGAAGAACUUUUCCAUCGUGAAGAACGCUAUAUCGAAGAUUGACGCCGACGCCACCAACCUGGAGACCGACCCAGAGGAGGCCGCCAAGGUGGUGUACGACGAGUUUGGGACGCCGGUGGCCGACCAGCCGCAGCACUGGCUCCCGGACGUGGCGCUGAGGGUGGACUUUGCCAUCCUGGACUCUGUCUACGCCAUGGAGGAGAAGAUCACCAACGCCUCCAUGCAGAGUAAGAGUUGGCGGCUGAACGACAACGGGGAGCGCCAGGUGGGUGAGUUCCGCGCAUCAUGCCUGGAGCCGACGGAUGAGGGGGACAGCCGCCUCAACCCCAUACACGUCGGAAGGGACCGGCUGUUGGCGCUGGAAGAAGGAAUUGAGCGACGGUACCUCAAGCCGCCCCUUGGCGUACCAGUGAACCCCAAGAACGACCAAGCCCCGGACACCAAGGAGGUACCCAAGGGCCUGCAGGUGUGGCGGGAGGCGGUGGGCAAGGCGGAGACGGCGGCCCAGCUGGCGAUGUGCACCUAUAUGCUGGAGACAGCCGUGGCGUGGGACAAGAGCAUCAUGAAGGCAUACUGUCAGUUCUGCCACAGCGGGGACCACGAGGAGAAGCUGCUGCUGUGUGACGGGUGUGACAAGGGCUACCACACACACUGCUUCAAGCCUCCCAUGAACAACAUUCCCGACGGAGACUGGUACUGCUACGAGUGCGUCAACAAGUUCAGCGACACGGCUCAGCGGCACUGCCUGGUGUGUGGAGGCACUGAGGGCCGCACGCUGGUCCACUGCUCCGUGUGUCCCCGCGCCUACCACACCACCUGCAUCACGCCAAACUUGAAUAAGGUGCCCCGGAACAAGUGGGUCUGCCCCGCCUGCACCAGUAAGAGUCCGCGGGGUCGCCGAGGUCGUGCCAAGAAGGUGAGUGAGAGCAACGCCUCCGCCCCGCCCCCUGACCCGCCCCCCGACGCCGUGGAUGAGCCCCAGGGAGCCGUGUCACCCGCCGUCUCCAAGAAGGACCGCGCCAAUAAGAAGAAGGAGCAGAAGGACCUCCAGGCGUGCAAGACCAUCGUUGGCGAGCUUGAGGUCCACGAAGAUGCCUGGCCGUUCCUCCUGCCCGUAAACACCCGCCAGUUUCCCACCUACAAGAAGAUCAUCCGCCGGCCCAUGGACCUCUCCGUCAUCAAGAAGAAGCUGGAGGAUAAUCAGUACAAGUCGCGGGAGGAGUUCUGCGAGGACCUUCGACUCAUGUUCAACAACUGUGAGACCUUCAAUGAGGACGACUCCCCCGUGGGCAAAGCCGGGCACAAUCUGCGAUCCUUCUUCGAGACGCGGUGGAACGAGAGCUUCCCCCCGACCUAGACUGCCCCCCACCCCCCACUCAGAACUUCCCCCGACUUAGGCUGCCCCCCACUCAGAACUUCCCCCGACUUAGGCUGCCCCCCA